GCACCCUCCUCCUCCAUUUAAGGUUUUUCUGAAUCAACUUAGCUUACCAAUUAACGCAUCCUUACAAAUUAAUCGCUUGAUUUCGUGUGACAUGAUGGAAGCAGACGGAUCAGUCUGGUUUAACGCGUGGAUGAUGUUCCUUACUUUCGGACCAGAAAAUCUUGGAUACCUUGCAGGCGAUCUCAACCAGACAUUGUCGUUGCAUACAAUGUCCAUUUAUUUUCCACUUUUUGAGGACCCAGAGAGUUCUAUUCCGAGGAAAUACAUAGAAGUGGAUGCAGAUGCCAGGAACCUACAUAUAAUCUCCAUUCUCAACACCAGUUCACUAAGUGAUAUCCAUGUUAAUAAUUUUCUUCUUACAUGGAAGUCCAAUUCUCAAAACCGGUCCAUGAACUUUGAAGCAAAAGAUGAUGGCUUAAUUCAUAUGAUUGGACGUGGGGUUGAACUAACCAACCAAGUUUAUGUGCACAACACUAGGCAGCCGUACAAUCUACUGUACGUGACUAUCGAACUGCCUGUUACUGCUGACAUAAUUGGUCAGCAUUCCUUUGAAGUUUUUGACGACAAAAAUAAGAGCCAGUUUCGCUCUGCGAAAAUCGACGUGAGACUAAAGAACCAAACAGUGCAACUCCCGCGACCGGAAGUGGUGUGCAAUGGAGAUCCGGAUUACUGUACGAUCUUGCGAAUGCCCGGUAACGUCCUGUUGUGCCAGCGAGAAGAAGUUAUCGUUCGGAUGAUGGAAAAACCGAUUUUGUCAAAAGAAGAAUUAACAUCAACCUGGUUUAUAUAUACUCUGUUUGCGAUCGCGCUGUCGAUUAUCAUCAUACUGAUAUAUGCCGGAACAACCAGAUUGAAAAAGCGUAUGACGAAGCGGACAUCCGCUCACAUGACUGCGAAGUUUGGCUGAUUCAUUUGUGCCUUCCAGUUGGUAGUGC